AUGCCUGCGAAGAUGAAAGGUUCUCCCAAGAAAGGCUCGCCGAAGAAAGGCUCUCCGAGAAAGAGCCCCACGAAGAAGGGGUCGCCGGUGAAGAAAGCAAGGAAAGUCAUUCGGAAGAUGGCUAAGAAGGGCGGGAAGGUGCGCAGGAGGCACAGGAAGGAGAGCUACGCCAUCUACGUGUACAAGGUGCUGAAGCAGGUGCAUCCGGACACCGGUAUCUCCGCGAAGGCCAUGAAAGUUAUGAACUCCUUCGUCAACGACAUCUUCGAGCGCAUCGCUGGGGAGGCGUCACGCUUGACUCAUUACAACAAGCACCACACCAUCACUUCGAGGGAGAUUCAGACCGCUGUGCGCCUCCUGCUGCCCGGAGAGCUGGCCAAACACGCCGUGUCUGAGGGCACCAAGGCCGUCACCAAGUACACCACUUCUAGAUGA